AUGGUACGCGUAGGGCCAUACGAACUGGGCGCGACUUUGGGCAGGGGAAAUUAUGGACUUGUCAAGCUGGCCGUUAACCGAGACACAGGCGAGCAGUUUGCCGUCAAGAUCGUGAAAAAGGAAGCCUUAGAUGAUGACAGAGCCGCCGACGUCGACAUCAAGAGAGAAAUUGCCAUCAUGAAGGCUCUUGACCAUACCAAUAUUGUCGCCCUCAAUGAUGUUCUGUACUCGCCAAAGCGAGUCUUCAUGGUUAUGGAGCUCGUGCGUGGUGGCGAGCUCUUCGAAAGCAUCGUCAAGCACGGCCGUCAGGACGAGAAGACGGCCCGUCGCUAUUUUCAUCAACUCAUCGAUGCCGUGCAUUACUGCCAUCAUCGCGGCGUGUAUCACCGCGAUUUGAAACCGGAAAACCUGUUGCUAGGGGAAAACGGGGAGCUCAAGAUUACUGACUUUGGUUUUAGCGCCAUGAGAGAUUAUGGCGCUCACUUGCUGCAUACUAACUGUGGAAGCCCGCAUUAUUGCGCGCCGGAGGUGUGGAACGGGACGCAGGACGGCUACGACGGGCGGAAGAAUGAUGCGUGGAGCUGUGGAAUAAUUUUGUACGUGAUGCUGACUGGAAAGCAGCCGUUUUAUGAUGACGACGAUGAGGUGCUUCUGGAAAAGGUGAGCGAAGGUGUUGUGGAGUACCCAGAUUACUUGUCGGAAGGGGCGCGGGAGUUGAUCGAGCGCUUGCUGGAGAUGGACCCCAGGAAGAGGUUUUCGUUGUCCAAGGUGAAGAGACAUCCGUGGUUUGCCGUCGGGUACGACGCGGAAAAGGACGCGCUGCUGCGACAGCAGGAGGGACGAAAGGAGAGGGCACGACUGCGUCAGAAGUAGUUGGAAUAAUACGAUUUUGCUUGUGGGGAUGUGUGUCGAUAGAGAUAGAAAUAGAGGCAGAUAAGGAUUUUGUUUGUUCAUUUCGGGGUCAGUAUGUGUGUUUUUGGUUCCUUAUUGUUAAUGAGUUUGUUGUCGAGUAAUCUUGUAUCAUCACAUCGAGCACGAAGAGGAGCCUCUGGUGGGUGGGGAACGGGAAGUAGAAGGAAGAGUGAACAGUGUCUGAAUCCAUUGCGGAAAAGGCUCUCGCCGAAAGUCGACGAAAAAUUCCAAUUUGAGCCAGCGGGCCGCAAGCGGCAAGUGCCGUCGUGAGAUUGGUCUCGCUCACGAUCAUAAGCGCCAGCGCCCGCCUUACUAAAA